CUCAGAUUUUUUGCAUGCAGUCUUUUGGAUAUCUGUAAAAAUCAGAUCAUAACCCCAGGGUCAAAACUGGCAUCAUCCUUGCGGUCAUGUAGUUUAUAUGGACUUAUAAAGAAUAACACAUUUAAGAGUCUUCUUAUGUGGAAUUCCAAUGACCAAAGCAUUGAUAUUUGCCAUGUAGCAUUUUCUAGCGGACCACAGUUAUUUAAUAAAUCAUUUAGCAGGGGUAAAAAUGCAUCACCAUAUCUGACUUAUUUACUUAUGUUUGAAUUGAUGUAGUGUGGCCUUUUUAGCAAAGUAUAUCAUGUGAGCAAUCUAGGGCCAUCAUGACCCUUUUGUUAAAUUACUGUUUUUCAUAAUAGACAUAAUAAUUCAAUGUUAUUUGAACUGUAGAUUUCAGAGCCAAAUAUAUUUGCGGAACACAUCUCUGGAAAAGAAGGGAUUCUGGGUCCGUCAAUUCGACGAUUCGCAAAGGUUUCACCGAUGUAUUGGGGUGAAGAUGAUGCAGAUCAUAUUUCCAAUGCUCCUCCAAUGUCAGCAUUUAUUUCACAUACCUUACGUGCUGAUGUACACAGAGUAAACAAUGACGAAACUGAAACUGAUAGUGACUCGACGUCGGAGGAUACUUCUGUACAAGAAGAAGACUUGUAUAUCCGGGGAACGCUGACACAGCCGAUAUCAGAGGAAGAUACUGCUGGGACGUCAAUACAACCUGUGUCCCCAAAAGACUUGGCAAUUGCUGAAUCAUCAAAAGAACCCGAGUCUCCGGAUGACUUGGAUUUUGAAGGGAUGUCAAAACAACCUGUAUGUAUGGAAGACUUGGACAUUGAGAGAACAUCAUUACCAUCGAUAUCAGAAGACGCUGCCCCAGAACAACAAAGUAAUGUACCUUUUGUACAUCCAAAACCAGAGUUCAACUUUUUUGAACUUGCAGAGGAACUGAAGCGAAAGAGGGAGGAAUUUGAGGCAAAUCCAAAGAGAAAGAAGGAAGUAAUGGAACAUCCUCCUCCAGAAUUAAAUCCAACUCAUGCAACGUCGAAAUUUCAAAAACGAAAAGCAGGACCAAAGUCAAAACCAAGCUUUGCUAAAACGAAGAAGGCAAAAACAAAAAAACAAAAACAGCUUGGGCAUACGAAUGCAGGACAGGAUGCUGAUCAUGACACAGGUGGUGAAGGGAGAGAAACUCUUCUGUGAAACAUACACACUAAAUGAUUGACUUCAAUUUAUAAAAACAAUUUGCAGUGCUAUAUAAUACUCAUGUGCAGUGUCUAUAAUGAAUUUCAAUUACAUUACAUAUUAUAUCAUGGACAAAAAAAACAGAUAGGAAAUUGCCUGUGUUUCGUCUUUUCAUUAAAAUUCUUAUGAAGUUUCUUCGAGUGUUAUCUUACAAGUUCAACAGUGUGUCGCUUUGUAUUUUGCAAACAAUUUAAACUAUUGAUAGCUUUUUGCUGGUAUGAUAUAGUUUAAUUAGAUUUGAAAGUAUAAAUUCACUCAGUAUAGGGAUAUAUGUAUUCUUAUAAUUUUAUGAAAUUGUGCAUACAAUCUAUAGCUAUGAAAAUUCCUUUUGUACAUAAUUUUCUUUUUUACUUUCAUAUACCUAUUUGUCUUAUUUUAUUGGUGGUAGGCUAAUGUUUGAAGUGUUGAUAAUGAUUUUCUAUUACAUAUCAUAGUAUGGACCAGAAACAGAUAGGAAAUCGCAUGUGCUUUGUUCUUUUAUUAAAUUCUUAUCGAGGUUUCUUGGAGUGUUAUGUUACAAGUUCAAAAGUUUGUAGCUUUGUAUUUUGCAAACAAUUUAAACUAUUGAUAGCUUUUUGCUGGUAUGAUAUAGUUUAAUUAGAUUUGCAAGUAUAAAUUCACUCAGUAUAGGGAUAUAUGUAUUGUUAUAAUUUUAUGAAAUUGUGCAUACAAUCUAUAGCUAUGAAAUUUUCUUUUGUACAUUAUUUUCUUUUUUUACUUUCAUAUAUCUACUCGUCUUAUUUUAUUGGUGGAAGUUUAAUGUUUGUUAUGUAAUGACGAUGUAUUCUAUAGUUGAAGUUUUUAUUUAAUUUGAUCCGUGUUGUUUUGUGUAUACAUUUUUGUAACUUUUGAUAGACAUUCAUCUACUGAUUUUUUAAUGUACGAAUGAAAAAAGUGCAACAGGUUUUCUUUUAUUAAUGAAAAGUCAUGUAUUUUUUUAUUUAACUUGUUUUUUUGGGGGGUUUUUUAUUUGCAUUACUCUAGAUUUCAUUUUCUUCUCCUGAUGUCUGUCCCUGCUUUUUUACUUUCUUAUAAAAAUAAAUACUUGUAAAAGCAAAUGUCCAUGUGUUGUACUUUA